CAAGGCUUCGAUAUUUUUUUGGGAGCUCUGGACCCAAAGGCCGGGAAGCUCCACGAAAUAAUCAAAUUACCCCCCCAACGGCGCGCGUUCCACCCACCACCACACCCCCUUUGCAACGACUCUUGUAGUUCCGUCACGACCAGACCAAAGAGACCCAUCCUUCACACACCGGCCACAAGAUGUCUUUCGGAGGCCAAACACCCACCAUCAUUGUCCUGAAAGAGGGGACCGACACCUCUCAGGGCAAGGGCCAGAUCAUCUCCAAUAUCAACGCCUGUCUCGCCGUUCAGGCCACGAUAAAGUCUACUCUCGGCCCCUAUGGCGGUGAUCUCCUCAUGGUCGAUGCCAACGGCAAGCAGACCAUCACCAAUGAUGGUGCCACCGUCAUGAAGCUCCUGGACAUUGUCCACCCCGCCGCCCGCAUCCUCGUCGAUAUUGCCCGGUCACAAGACGCCGAAGUCGGUGACGGUACUACCUCCGUCGUUGUUCUCGCCGGCGAGAUCCUCAAGGAGGUCAAGGAGCAUGUUGAGAAUGGGGUCAGCUCACAGAUCAUCAUCAAGGGUCUCAGGAGAGCGUCGACCAUGGCGGUGAACAAGAUCAAGGAGAUUGCUGUCAACACAACCGAGGGCAACAGGAGAGACACACUCGAGAAGCUCGCUGCCACCGCCAUGACCAGCAAGCUUAUCAAGCGUAACACCGAGUUCUUCACAAAGAUGGUCGUCGACGCCGUCCUCUCCCUCGAUCAAGAAGACCUCAACGAAAAGUUAAUAGGCAUCAAGAAGAUCCCCGGCGGUUCCCUUACCGACUCCCUCUUCGUAAACGGUGUCGCCUUCAAGAAGACCUUCUCCUACGCCGGUUUCGAGCAGCAGCCCAAGUCCUUCAAGAAGCCCAAGAUUGUCUGCCUGAACGUCGAGCUUGAGCUCAAGGCCGAGAAGGACAACGCCGAGGUCCGCGUCGAGCACGUAUCCGAGUACCAAGCCAUCGUCGACGCCGAAUGGCAAAUCAUCUUCAAGAAGCUCGAAGCCCUGCAUGAGACCGGUGCCAAGGUUGUCCUCUCCAAGCUCCCCAUUGGUGACUUGGCUACCCAAUACUUCGCUGAUUGCGACAUCUUCUGCGCUGGUCGUGUGUCCGCCGAUGAUAUGGAGCGUGUUGUUCAAGCCACCGGCGCCACUAUCCAGAGCACCUGCUCCGACAUCCGCGCCGAGCAUCUCGGCACAUGCGAGUCCUUCGACGAGAGACAAAUCGGCGGCGAGCGCUUCAACUUCUUUGAGGGCUGCCCCUCCGCCAAGACCUGCACUCUUGUCCUCCGAGGUGGUGCUGAGCAGUUCAUCGCCGAGGUUGAGCGCUCUCUCCACGACGCCCUCAUGAUUGUCAAGCGCGCCAUCCGCAACAAGACUAUUGUUGGCGGUGGUGGUGCCACAGAAAUGGAGAUUUCCGCCUACCUCCAUCGGUUCGCCGAUCGCGACGUAGCCCACAAGCAGCAAGCUAUCAUCAAGAGCUUCGCCAAGGCCAUGGAGGUCAUCCCCCGCCAGCUCUGCGACAACGCCGGGUUCGACGCGACUGAUAUCCUCAACAGACUCAGAGUUGAGCACAGAAGGGGCAACACCUGGGCGGGUGUUGACUUUGUCAACGAGGGCACAACAGACAUGAUGGAGAGAUUUGUUUGGGAGCCUGCGCUGGUCAAGAUCAAUGCUAUUCAGGCUGCCACGGAGGCUGCGUGCUUGAUUUUGGGCGUGGAUGAGACGAUUAGAAACGAGGAGAGCGCGGCUCCUCAAGCCCCAGGUGCUGCUCUGCGUCCUGGUGAUGCGCAGAGGGCACUUGGUGGGAGGGGGCGUGGAAGGGGUAUGCCCAGGCGGUAAAGGGGGCUGGAAAAGGGGGCUGUAGAUAAAAGUGAUGGAACACCGGGGGUUGUUGCAUGAGCAUGGGGUGUUGAUACCUAGAUUCUUUGC